AUGAGCAAUUCUGCUUCUUCUUCUCCCAAGGCGCUGGUAACUGAUCAGAAGGAUGCCUUGGCCGAGACCGUCUCGACGGAGGGAUCAGACAUGAUGCUGGUCUACCAGUCCUACGACUCUGACUUUCGUGACCGAAUUGAACGGAAACUACGCCGCAAAAUUGACACCCGGAUUUUGGCCCUCGUCGUGUUGAUCUAUAUUUUCAACUUCAUGGACCGCAACUCCAUCAGCCAGGCUCACCUUUAUGGUCUUACCAAAGACACGUACCUCAAGGGCGCGGAGUAUCAGACUGCAAUUUCGACUUUCUCUGCUGGUUAUAUCCUCAUGCAAACACCGGCGACCAUCUUGUUGGCCAAGCUCCGCCCGUCCAUCUUCCUACCGUCAUGUAUUAUGGUGUGGGCAAUCGUUAGUGGCUGUACGGCUGCGGUCACCAACCCGACAGGCUUGCUGGUGGUGCGGCUUUUUCUGGGUUUUGUCGAAGCACCCUUCUUUCCUGGCUCCAUCUACUUCCUCAGUUGCUGGUAUACGAAGCGCGAAAUCGGCAUAAGAAUGGCUAUUACUGUGUAG